CCUCAUUCGAGGGGAAAAUUCUCUCAUUUCGUUCACAAUCAGAUAUGGAGUAACAACCUCAAGACACGCAUCGCUCGAACUACCAACUAAUCAAUUUAUUGGAGGUAUUUUGUCAACAGCACUUAACUCUCACGAGGGUCAAUGCUGAGUUCAGAUUUCUACAGCUUUAGGUGUUGCCGAUUUGAAGGUUUUUCAGGGCAUCUCUGUCGCUAAAAUAGGGGAGUGUAACGUGAGACAAUGGAGGACGAUACUCAAGAUAAAAUCCAUGAGGGAUAUCUCAUCACAGGAGAGCAGAAGAAUGUCGAUGGGGGAUCCACUGUUGAUUUCAAGAAACGGAAUAAGGUCUACUUCAUUCUCUGGAAGCGUGGAAAACAUAUUUACAAUCUAGAAGGUUUCGAGAAUGAAUCGAAGGUCAAAGGAAGGAGGAAGAGCUCCAUCAAUGUCUUUGGAGGAAGAAGGAAAUCAAUCACUUCUAGUAAGAUCCCAUCUCACAUGCUGACAUCAAAGGUCAACGUUCAUUGUAUGGACAUGAAGAUAGGUCGAAAGACAAAUCACGUGAUCAUUCUCAUACACGCCAAGAUCCCCUAUUACUUCAAAACACUGAAAGAGGAAGACAUCAAGCCUUGGUAUGAAGCUUUUUCUCGUGUUUCUAAAGAUAUGGAGACGAGGAAUACAGACAGAAAUCCUUCGGAAGACGUGGUCCUUCGUGCUAAAAAUCCUAACCACGAUAGCACGGCGAGUAGGGACAGUGGUCGAAGUUCGGAUGCAUCCUCCGUGCGAUGGUCGCAAGGUUCGUCUGGUAGUUGGAAUAGUGACAUCAUGAGCAGCUGUCCUCCAUCACCAUCGUUCAUGCCGAAUAACAUCCGGUUCGAGAUGGAUGAAACGGAGGACCACGGGGAGGACGAUGAUGAGGAUCACAUCACGCCGUUAUCAUCGGCGCAGAAAGCUCGACGAACACUCACAAAUUCGGUUAUCUACAAGAGUGUUGAAAGAAGCAACUCGUCUGAUGGAUCUAAGAAGAAGUAUGACUAUACCGAGGCGAGUUCUAAGGUCUAUGAUGCUGUAAUUCGAACAAGCUUCAUUGUCGAUGACGAUGACAAUUUUCCUCCAAGCUUCCCACAAAAAAGAAGAGGUCGUCGCGGUUCAGAACCAAAUCUACAGGUACCGGACGUUUUUCGUGAUCGUCAUAAGCAGGGCCAUUCUCCCAACCUAGACAGGGGAAUAACCUCCGAGUGGCCAGCCCCUCCUCCCCCACUAGUACCAGACAAACACCCUUCAUUCAAUUACUCAAACGUCAAUUCUGAACCUGUCUACGAAAAGUGUAAAGUAAAAGAAGACAUCGGCCGUUUGAUGUGGGAGCAGACAAAGGUAGCGGAUGGCAUCGUGGUUGAAUUCUCUAAAGCUGAGUUACUGGAUUCACUAAUCCUAAUCACCAUCAAUAAUGAAGUAUGGGUUGCUGGCUGGAAGAAAGACCUGAACAGCCAGUUGUAUGGUAAGCUACAUGUGGGUGAUAAACUGCAUCUAAUUAAUUCCCAAGUAGUGACAUCGGCAGAACUAGCCCUGGAAAUCAUCCGAACAACAGCUAUCGAUGAGAUAAAAGUUACACUGUAUCGGCUACCACAUGCUCAUCUACUGAACCUUAACAGAUCUGAUCACAAUAUCCAGUGGGGCAUUCAUCUCAAGUCUCAUAUCGAGAUAAAAUCGCUGACGGAUGGUCCUGCUGUAACAGAGGGACUUAAAGCUAAGGCUUCCUUCUCGGGGAAAACUUGUGACUGGGUCAUCACCGAGAUAAAUCUCCAACGCGUUCCUCUCGUCAGGAAUGGAAAAAAUCAGGAUUUGGUGAAAGCUGAACUCGAAGCGGACCAUUCAGAAGUCCCACUGGUACUACAACCUCAUGACUUCAUCAAGAAACUUGCUGAAGCUAUUGAGAAGAAACGGGGCUCUCAAUUCUACUGAAAGUCGUCACCUUCGACUGCCCUACGACUCAAUCAAGCGAUCAUGGGUUCGACAUCCUCAGCGGCAUUCCUUGCCAUCUUGAAGCAGAGCUACUUCUUACAUUGCCGUUAUAUCUGCCAUCUUGAAUAGAUCACAGAAUGUGAUAGUGUGGAUAUAAACAUGUUCAUAUCUUUAAUUACAGAGUUUGACAUUUUUACAGGUCUUAAAAUGGAAGUCCACUCUGAUAUUAAGUUGGUUUUUAAUAGAAGCAGAAAAUGAGAGGGACAGGUCAGUGAAAG